AGGCGUGCCGCCAUGCGUUUAGUCGAGCGACUUGGAGUUAAGUCGGUCGAUACGCUUACCACGGACGAAAAAUCGUCCCUAGAUUGGGCUAAAGCCCUACUGGCUCAGCCGGAGUGUUCUGACCCUCCUACAACCUCAGAUGCAGCGGACCAAGCUACAUCUGCAGGGCCUAAACGGCAGCGAUCGGAGGAAGAACAUGCUCUCCAGGCAGUCCCACAGCCGAAGACUAAACGUCAGAAGCAGUUCGAGACUCGUAUAGUCAACAGACCCUACAGCGAAGUUGCCAAAAACCCGCUGGUUAGGGCCAUUGUUGACAAGAGUGUCAACGACGGAGCUAUCUCCCAGGAUAAAUGGUUGAUAAUCCGUCAAAAAAUGCUGGAGGUGUAUUGGAAAAUUCUCAAAGAGAAUCCCGGUCCAUCUCCGCAGAAUGAUGAUGCUGGCUGGUACCAAGGUCACAUCAAACUGCUGGCGUGCACGAACGAGCGCUCAGCAAACUUGCUUAAGUUGGCGGUUACGUCUAUAGGGGAAGUGUGGCCCGGCGCGAAACUUGACGUGAUCCCGGUUAGUGAGAUACCUCGCAGACCGAGAUCAAUCACGGUUAUUCCGGCGGAACCACACGAACCAGAGGCGAUUCUGGCGUACCUUCAGAGUGGAAACCCUGACCUACCUACCCACAAUUGGAAGGUAGUCAAGGUCUCCGAACCUGAAGGUGCUUACAGAAAGGUGGUCGUGGUCCUUAAUAAGGAAUCGUUGCCGUUACUCCGAGAGAAGCAAGGCAAAGUAUACUACGGAUUUGAUAGUAUCAAGCUGCGCGUCUACCGGGGUGACGACAAACUAGACCCCAAACCGGUAAGCACGGACGGAGGAAAGGUAGACGAUACCACUAACUCUGACGACCAAAUGGACGCCCAAUCAAGUACAGACUUGAUUGGGAAUCUAUUUGAUAGCCAGGGCGAAGUGAUUGACGAAGACGAGCUUCUGAAAACAGACCCAGAAGACGCCGACGUCACAAUCGUCUACGACCCUGACCAAGAUGAAGGUGAUCCAAGUGAACCUUCACCACUCUAAAGCAGCUUCAGCUGCAUUACACCUCCACCUUGGAUAUCAAGGGGAGGAUAUAGCGUUGAUCCAAGAGCCGUGGACCCAUAACGGCAACAUACUUGGAAUCAACGUAAAAGGCUAUAAAAUACUAUACGCAAAAGGCACAGUGAUGAAGAUACAGUAACCGCAGCAUGGGAGACAGAGGAAUCCACAAUGUGGAUCCUCUCCUGCUAUAUGGCGCACGACCAGACAGACCCCCCGCCAAGUAACACGGUCGUCAGGGCAGUAAGUGCAGCAAACGGAAAACGCAUCCCUGUUAUUAUAGGCGCAGAUGCAAACGCACACCAUACACUAUGGGGUAGCACCAACAUCAACACACGAGGUGAGUUCGUAUUAGACUUCAUUUUAAACCAUAAUCUUGAAGUAGUAAAUAGAGGUUCAGAACCUACAUUUGUAGUUGCAAAUAGACAAGAGGUACUGGACAUAACGCUUGUAAAUACAAGUCAUUCGCACAUAAUCCGAAACUGGAAAGUAUCGGAAGAUUGUUCCUUUUCAGAUCAUAGAUAUCUCGUAUUCUCGAUAGAAAAAACACAGGAAAGGAAAACCCCCUUUCUAAACAGAAGAAAGACAAGAUGGGAAGAACAAAAUCGAAUCCUGACAAGUCUUCUUCAAAAUACGCCGGAAAUAAACAAUACAGCAGAUAUUGAUAGAGCUGUAGACAACCUUACACGCUCUCUUAAUCAAGCAACAAGAAGAACAUGCAAACCUUCGAUACCAAAGGGUAAAAGUAAACCUCCUUGGUGGUCCUCGGAAAUAGCGAAGACUAGGAAUAGAUGUCGCAAACUUUUCAAUGAGGCCAAAAGAUCAGGUGAAUGGUCCACAUAUAAAGCCUCAUUGAAUAAAUUUAAGAAUCAGGUUAGGAAUGCUA